AUGAAUCCUUCUCACGUAACCUUGGACCUAGAGGCGCUGGAGCGCCAGGUCGCUCGCAUCGUGGCCGAGGUCGCGGAGUCGCGUCCCGCAGAGAUCGCGCGGGAGAGCGACUGGUCCCUUGUUCGCCGCGAUCGCGGUGUCUGGAUGGUGAUUGAGACAAAUGACGCUGGGGGCUCAAGGUACAGGGCGACGGUGACCGCAGUCGGCAACGAAGAGCGUGUGAACUUCGUGGUGAACGUCGAGCGACGUGAUGCCGACCAGUCGAAUGGACGGCAUGAUGAGGAUGUAAUCAUGACUGAUGCGCCGCCGAUGGAAUCGGACGAAGGGGUGGAUGUUAAUUACAUUUCAGAAGAAAUAGAAUUACUCAUUCGCAGGCUCGAGCAAUUGAGAAUUGCCCCUCACCGAACGUUCUCCGUUGAGAACACCCAAGUGGGAGAGACAUCUGAAGACAUCAAGAUGGCCAACAGUGACUGGUAA